GAGGCUUCGAAGACCUCAGGGACUCCUUUCAGUACUCACAGAAACCCACACCCUGGUGAUGGCACAUAGGGACUGUUUUCUUGCUCUAAGUCUGAAUGACUGCCAAAAAGGAAGGCAAAGGUGGAGCAGUUGGAUUUCUGGCUCUCCCCAUAGCUUCUAAUCGCAGACCUUCAUAAACUCCUUUCUGAGCCCACGGACAAAGCUCACUUGAACAAAUGAUUCUGAGUCAUGAAUGAAAAAUCUUGCUCUUUCCAUAAUGAGGAAGAAUUAAGAGAUGGACAGGUCAAAAGUGUGUCUGCUGGGAACUCUCCACCAAACGACAAGGACAGCAGUGCUCUUCUGGCUUUCAGGGGAAUUCCUAUCUCGGAGUUGAAGAACCACAGCCUCCUCCGAGCCCUGACAGCAGACGCUAAUGGAUGGGCGCCAGGUGUUGUGAGCCCAGAGGUGCUCAGAGCCCAGGAAGAAUGGGAAGCCGUGCAGAACAUCCAGCCAGAGACAGGAAGCCAGACAGACCAGCCUGCGCAGCUGAUCUCCUUCAGUGAGGCCCUGCAGCAUUUCCAGACCAUCGACCUCUCCUCCUUCAAGAAAAGAAUCCGGCCAACGAUUCGAAGGACUGGGCUUGCUGCCCUCCGGCACUGCCUCUUCGGGCCUCCAAAGCUCCACCAGGGCCUCCGUGAAGAAAGGGACUUGGUCCUGACCAUUGCUCAGUGUGGCCUGGAUAGCCGAGACCCAACACAUGGCCGAGUCCUCAAGACCAUCUAUAAGAAGCUGACCGGCUCCAAGUUUGACUGUGCCCUCCAUGGAGAUCACUGGGAAGAUCUGGGCUUUCAGGGAGCAAACCCAGCCACAGACCUGAGAGGAGCGGGCUUCCUUGCCCUCCUGCAUCUGCUGUACCUGGUGAUGGACUCAAAGACCUUGCUGAUGGCCCAGGAGAUUUUCCGCCUGUCUCAUCACCAUAUCCAGCAAUUCCCCUUCUGUUUGAUGUCUGUGAAUAUCACCCGCAUCGCCAUCCAGGCCUUAAGAGAGGAGUGUCUCUCCAGGGAGUGUAAUCGGCAGCAGAAGGUGAUCCCAGUGGUGAACAGCUUCUAUGCCGCCACUUUCCUCCACCUCGCUCAUGUCUGGAAGACGCAGCAGAAGACGAUCGCAGACUCGGGCUUUGUCCUCAAAGACUUGGAAGUGUUGGCCAAGAAGAGCCCCCGGCGGCUGCUCAAGACCCUGGAGACCUACUUGGCUGGAGUAUCGAAGGGACAGACCUCCUUGCUGGGAGCACAGAAGUGCUGUGAGGCAUCAGCCCCUCACUCCAAGGACCUCACUUUCACAGGCGUGUGUGACCUGCCACCACACUCAUCCGAAGGCACGUGGCCGGUCUGACCGCCGAGGCAAACCUUGUCAGGAACACCUGGCUGGACCACGCCCCUUCUCAUCUCAGCAGAAGGGACGUGGAAGCUCCCAGGCCUGGUCGGGGGAGCCAAGGACCUCCUCCUCAUGAGACACGGGCAGUCAGACUUGACACACUCCCUACAGAUCUGCCUCCUUUGCUGUCAUCUGAGUUGGGCUCUAGGUCAUCUCGGGGAGAGUGAAUGGAUCGUGAGGUGGGAGAGCCCCAUCAGGAUGUUCCACACGCCCCCAGGUAGGGCUUUCAGAGCCCUGGUGGCCAUAGGAGAGGGACCAGACAGGGACAUAGAAUAUGAAGGGAGGUGGCAGUGGCAGCAGCCAACAGGGGGCAGCAUGAACCAGAGCAAGACGCCUGAGGCCACAGCUGGGCCCGCCUUCCUCUCCUCCAUCCACCAGGCCAGUAUAAGAACCCCGGGGGGGGGGGCGGGGGGGGGGCCUUCUGGCCUUGCAUUUGUCCCAUCUCCUCUCCUCCCCGCUGUUUAUGGUGCAGAACGGGGCCUUUGGCCGAGUCUCCAUUGCUGCCCGUCCUAACUGCCUGCCAGCUGGGCUUCCCCAGGGAGGUUGUGCGGUGCCAUCCAGAUGGUUUUCUAGCCUGGUUGGGGAAGGAGGAAAUCAGCAGUUACUGAAUAAAAGAAUUGUUCUGGGUAAGGUUUCCACGUGUUUCCUCCAAGACAAGCCUUGUGCCUUCCCCAAGCCCUGCUAGAGCCAGGCACUCCUACCGGGUGAAGACCCUGGUCAGGGCUCCCGGAGAGGGCGCUGUGCCCUCACCAAACUCCACUGAGUUCACGUGACGUCCACCCUGCACUUGCAGGUCCAGAGACUUACACUCUAACCAGUGGGCGAGGUGAACCUGGCUCUUGUUAAGAUUGACUGGUGUGCCAUGGCCAGUUUGGUUCACUGUAUAGAGCACUGGCCCAUGGACUGAAGGGUCAGUGUUCGAUUCCGGUCAAGGGCACGUACCUGGAUUGCCGGCUGAAUCCCCAGCCUGGUCGGGUACAUGCAGGAGGCAACCAAUUGAUGUGUCUCUCUCACAUCGAUGUUUCUCUGUCUCUCCCCCUCCCACUCUCUCUAAAAAUCAGUGGAAAAAUAUCCUUAGGUGAGGAUUAUCAACAAAAAAAGAUGGACUGUUAUGAAGUGCCCACACUGGUUUUUUCCUGCACAAUUUGUUUCUGGGGACGCUGGCUGUUCCUUCAUUCACAAACAGCCUCCAGCCCAGGGUAUCCGGACCUGGGGCGGGGGCCCCACUACCCUGCUCUCCGGUCCUCUGCCCUCCCUCCAGUAGAGCGUGAGAGACCCUGUCGAGCCCCUGCAGGCCUCUCCAAGGCUGACCCUCUGGAGGUGGGGCCAUCACGGGGGUGGGGUUGACACAUGGCCACGCCAGGGGGGAAGGGAUCUUGUCAGUCAGCAGGAUGCCUGGUGGGGCUGGCAACAGGCCCUGCAGUGUGCCUGUGUCCUCUUUGCCCGACCGGAACUAACCCUUCCUCCAGUCCGGGCUUAGCUCACCAGCAGAGGUGCAGGGAGAUGGGUGGGUUGGAAUGCAGCAGGGCACAGCCCAGCCUCCACUUCGGUGUCAGGUUCAGUGGUUCCUUCCUGCAGAUUCCUUCCCCCUGCUCUGAGUCCAGGCUUCUCAGCAGACCUGACUGCACACUCAGCCCGAGCACUGCCAGGGCUGGCCAAAUGGGCCUUUCGCUGGAGGGGAGGCCAGCGGCCUCGCAGGUGCCCUCUUCCCACACCCUCCCUGUGCAACACUCUCCAGACGGCGGAGUGCUCACAGCUCCACAGCAGUAACACCGUCCGGGGAUCAAGUUCUGUUGAUGGACUGUUUGGGUGGGCGGCGGGGGAGGGGUGUUAGUCUCUAAAAACUCUGAAGAAGAUGCAAAGCCCUAGCCAGUCUGGCUCAGUGGAUAGAGCGUUGGCCUGCAGAUGGAAGGGUCCCAGGUUCGAUUCUGGUCAAGGGCAUGUACCUCAAUUUCAGGCUCCUCCCUGGCCCGGGCCCUGGUCAGGGCUCGUGCAGGAGGCAACCAAUCAAUGUGUUUCUCUCACAUUGAUAUUUCUCUCUGUCCUUCCCUCUCUCUUCCACUCACUCUAAAAAUCAAUAAAAAAAAUAUUCUUGGG